CUCGGCGUGGAGGCAGUCCUCCUUUCUUUCAGCUGGAGUGCUCCUCUUGAGCCAGUCCCACCCACGGCAGAGAUGGUUUCUGUGAGGGUCCUCUUCCUGGUCCUGAGUGUGAUGGGUGCAGUUCAGGCGGCAGAUCCCAGUGAAGGUGAAUUUAUCGCCGAAGGAGGAGCUGUGCGUGGCCCAAGGCUCGUGGAAAAACACCAGUCUGCCUGCAAAGAGUCGGACUGGCCCUUCUGCUCUGAUGAAGACUGGAACUACAAAUGCCCUUCUGGCUGCAGGAUGAAAGGAUUGAUUGAGGAAGUCAAUCAAGAUUUUACAAACAGAAUAAAUAAACUAAAAAAUUCACUAUUUGAUUAUCAGAAGAACAAUAAGGACUCUAACACAUUGACCAGGAACAUAAUCGAUAUUUUGAGAGGGGAUUUUGCCAAUUCUAAGAACAAUGAAAAUACAUUUAGCCAAGUGUCAGAAGAUCUGAGAAGCAGAAUUGAGAUCCUGAAGCGCAAAGUUAUAGAACAAGUACAGCAUAUCCACCUUCUGCAGAAAAAUGUCAGGGAUCAGCUGAUAGAUAUGAAACGACUGGAGGUGGACAUUGAUAUUAAGAUCCGAUCUUGCAAAGGCUCAUGCAAUAGGGCUUUAGAUCAUAAAGUAGAUCUGGAGGACUAUAAAGAUCAGCAGAAGCAACUUGAACAGGUUACUGCCAUAGACUUACUUCCCUCUAGAGACAGUCAAUAUUUACCACUGAUAAAAAUGAGGCCAGUUCCAGGCCCAAUUCCCAGAGAGUUCAAGAGCCAGCUUCAGGAGGCCCCUCCAGAGUGGAAGGCACUGCUGGACACGCAGCAGAUGAAAAUGGAGUUAGAGAGGUUUGGUGGAGAUGGGCAAGCCAGAGGAGACUCUGCAUCUCAUGUAACAGGAUCAGCAUCAGAAAGCCCCAGGAAGCCUGGAACUAGUAGUAUUGGAAAUGUGAGCCCUGGGAUCUAUGGAUCUGGAGGUGCUGGCACUUGGAACACUGGCCAUCCUGAUCCCGGCAGCGCGGGCACUUGGAACAUUGGACGCCCUGAGCCCGGAAGUGCUGGCACGUGGAACACUGGCCAUCCUGAUCCCGGAAGUGCGGGCACUUGGAACAUUGGACGCCCUGAGCCCGGAAGUGCUGGCACGUGGAACACUGGCCAUCCUGAUCCCGGAAGCGCUGGCACUUGGAACACUGGCCAUCCUGAUCCCGGAAGUGCUGGCACUUGGAACACUGGAAGUUCUGUGUCUGCAAGUUUUAGGCCAGAUAGCUCAGGGCAUGGGAACAUCAGGCCUUCCAACCCAGACUGGGGCACAUUUGAAGAGGUGUCAGGAAAUGUAAGUCCAGGGACAAAGAAAGAACUUCACACAGGUAAACUGGUCACUACUAAAGGAGAUAAAGAGCUUCUGAUUGGUAGUGAGAAGACCUCUGCUCACACAACCACCACUCGUCGUUCAUGCUCUAAAAUCGUCACAAGGACUAUUACACAUGCCGAUGGUCGCACAGAAAUGACCAAAGAAGUGGUAAACUCCGAAGACGGCUCUGACUGUACUGACACAGAUUUAGACUUGCAGUUGUCUGGCAGGGGUAACCUAGAUGAUUUCUUUCAUAGGCACAAUGAUGGUUUUUUCUCCCCUAUGUUUAAAGAGCUUGACAGUAAGAUCCAUUCUAUGGGCUCAGACUUAGGGGGUAUCAGCUCUCACCACCUCGGCCUACCUGAGGUCUCUUCCAGUAGUAAAACUUCAAGUCAUGGCAAAGAGUUUGCAAGCAGUAGCAUGACUAUCAACAGAGGAGGCUCCACGUUUGAAAGCAAGGGCUAUAAAAUGGCAGAUGAGGCUGGAAGUGAAGAGGAUCUUGGCUUCAAAGGAGCACAUGCCACCAAGAGAGGCCAUGCUAAAACUCGCCCUGCCAGAGACUGUUAUGAUGCCCUCCAAACACAUCCUUCAGGUGCCCAAAGUGGCAUUUUCAAUAUCAAGCUACCGGGAUCCAGUAAGAUUUUUUCUGUUUAUUGUGAUCAAGAGACCGGUUUGGGAGGAUGGCUUUUGAUCCAGCAAAGAAUGGAUGGCUCACUGAAUUUUAACCGGACCUGGCAAGACUACAAGAAAGGUUUCGGCAGCCUAAAUGACAAGGGAGAAGGAGAAUUCUGGCUAGGCAACGAAUACCUCCACUUACUAACCCUGAGAGGCUCCAUCCUUCGGGUUGAACUAGAAGACUGGGCUGGGAAAGGGGCUUAUGCAGAAUAUCACUGGAGGGUAGGCUCUGAGGCAGAAGGCUAUGCCCUGCAGGUCUCCUCCUACGAGGGCACGGCAGGUGAUGCUCUGAUUGAGGGUUCUGUAGAGGAAGGGACAGAGUACACUUCUCAUGCUGGCAUGCGCUUCAGCACCUUCGACAGGGAUGCAGACAAGUGGGAAGACAAUUGUGCUGAAGUCUACGGAGGAGGCUGGUGGUACAACAACUGCCAAGCAGCCAAUCUCAAUGGCAUCUACUACCCCGGGGGCUCCUAUGACCCCAGGGACAACAGUCCCUAUGAGAUUGAGAACGGAGUGGUCUGGGUCCCCUUCAGAGGUGCGGAUUAUUCCCUCAGGGCUGUUCGCAUGAAAAUCCGGCCCUUUGGGACACAAUAGGCUGAAGGAGUGGCAGUGAGAGCACUCUGUUUUUGUGUUUAGUGAAGAGGAGAAAAAAUUAAGGAGGGGAUAGGAGUCGAGAUUCUUUACAGCCUACUAAAAACUCUUGGGUGCUAUUUUAUUAUUCUUUGUACUGUAGCUAAAUGUAACUGAGACAUAUUAGUGCUUUAAAAAAUAAAGAUAUAUGAACUUUAAAGCUUUAAAAUA